AUGGAUUUGGUUUUAGCGUCGAGACGAAUCAGUACAAGGUGUUGCAAUCCUUUUAUCCGAUGGUCGACCCAGAGUGUCGCUCAAUCGACUACCUUGAGGUUGAGAUAUACUGUAUACACCAUAGGAACGGGAGUUUGGAGAAGCAUUGGAAAUGCUCCUAGUGACUUACUUAAGUUUCCCUUCAGUGCCCUUUUCCAUGAAGCUCUUCAUUGGGUCUCCCUUGCUGUUGAAAGUGCUGAAUGCAUACAUUCUUUCAGCUUUGAAACCGAGCAAUUUCGAUCACUACCCUUGACUAGCAACUAUGGAAGAGUAAAGAGAGAAUUUCAUGAUCUUUUAAAGUUGGGAGUUUUAGGAGGUUGUCUUGUUUUAUGUGUGUUUGGUGGUUGUGCUUCCAGGGAACUUGACAUGUGGGUUAUGAAAGAUUACGGUGUCCAAGAAUCUUGGAACAAGAUUCUUGUUAUUGAAGACUUGUACAUGAAAGAUGUGUCCUGUCACUACACUGAACCAGUUAUGAUUUUGAUUGAUGGGCAAAUCCUCAUGGCGUUCAACGGUCGGGAUGUGGUUUUUGAUAAUCAAGAGGUAAAGAGUCUCGGGAAAUCUCAAAUUACUCCGACUGGGUCAGCGUUUGAUGCAACUUCUUACAGUGCAUGCUUUGUUCCACUCUCCAAAGUUUUUAAAGAAGAGGAGGUGAAAAGGGUUCGAGGCAGUAACAUUCAAGAUGGUAAGAAAUCUGACAAGCUGCUUGCUGAAGGGAGUUAUCGUUAUGAACUUAAAUUGAUUCCGACAAUUGAGACUGCAUGCACUAUGUGCGGUGAGCAGUUGGGUUAUGUUUCAGAGGCUUAG